AGUGAGCAAAUGGCCGCGGCCCUUGGCCCACGUGGUUUGUAGCGAAUUGUUUAAUCAAAAAACCUACUUUUGAGGAACUCCAAACUUUUCAAGGAUGCCCAGAACGAAGGACAAAUAUGAAAAAAAGAAUGUGAGGUUGUAAUGGGAUGCACACAACAUGGAGGAAGCCAUCAUAGCUGUUCGUGAAUGCAAGAUGGGAACUUUGAAGGCAAGUAAAAUUUUUAAUGUUCCUAGAACUACUCUCCAAACUUUGAGUAAAAAAAUUGAUGUUGAGCCCGCCCAAGCUGCUCAAGUCAAGCUGGGCAGGAAAACUUUAUUAUGGGAAGAGUUGGAACUUGAGAUUGUGGAUUACUUGCUCGACAUGGAGAAAUAUUUUUUUGGAUGCACUCUUAAAGAUUUGAGGCGUCUGGCUUCUGAAUUAGCCAUUCGGAAUGGCCUGGAAACACCCUGGAAAGAUUCUGAGGAAGCUGGUAGGUCAUGGCUUGAUUUGUUCAUGAAAAGACACAGAGAUCGUUUAUCUCUACGAAAACCAUGUGGGACCUCAUUUGCUAGAGCCCUUGGCUUACACCGAGAAAAUGUUGAAGCCUUCUUCAAUAUGUUGGAAGAGCUCUAUGACAAAUUCAAGUUUCCCCCAGACAGAGUUUUCAAUGUUGAUGAAAGCGGUUUGACAAUAGUUCAGAGUAAAAAUCCUUCAGUCAUUUCAAGAAAAGGUAAAAAACAAGUGGCUGCCUUGACAUCUGCUGAAAGAGGUAGAACCAUCACAGUUAUUGCUUGCAUGAGUGCUUCUGGGAUUUUCAUUCCUCCAUAUGUGAUUUUCCCAAGGGUGAAUAUGGCCACAACGCUUAUGAAAGGUGCUCCUCCUGGGACUAUUGGAAGGGCCCACCCAUCUGGCUGGGUGCAAACUCAUCUGUUCACCGAAUGGCUGUAUUUAUUUAUUGAACGCACUAAACCAACUGAACAAUCCCCUGUGCUUCUUGUAUUGGAUGGCCAUUACAGCCAUGUGCGAAAUAUUGAAGUAAUUGACUUGGCAAGGGCUAACUUUGUGACCAUUGUGUGUCUCCCUCCUCACUCAACCCAUAAACUCCAACCACUGGACAAGAGUUUCAUGGGUCCAUUGAAGGCUCACUACAGUGAGGAAAUUAGAAAAUGGUUAAGGCAUUCUAACCGCCCUGUCACAACAAAUGACACAAUGGAGCUCUUUGGCAAAGCCUACCUGAAAGUUCAGACUGGAGAGAUUGCUGUGAAUGGUUUCAGAGCAACGGGGAUAUACCCUCUUGAUAAGCAUAUUUUCUCAGACAGUGAAUUUUUGGCUGCUGCACAGGAAGCUGAUAAAACUUGCAGCCCAUCACUUUCUGCGGCAACUUCUGUCAAUUUUCCUGACCCUUCCACUACACAAAAAGUGGAUCAACGAUCAAUAAAUAAGCAUCAACUUUUUAGCACCCCGGAUAAACAACUAAACCCUCAAGCUUCAACAUCCAAACAGGUUAGUCCAUAUGAAGUAGCUCCGAUUCCCAUUGUCGCAAAGAAAAAGAGCAAUCGAGGUCGUAAGAGUGCAAAGACUUGCAUCAUAACUGGAUCUCCCUACAAAGAAGAACUGAAGAAAAGUGUGGAGCGUGCAGCCUUGAACAACAGUCGAAAAAUUGUGAACGUGGAAUCAAGUGCUCAAGCAAAGAGAAAGAAGUCAAAAGCAACAAGCCAACCCAAAAGGUCAAAGAGGAAAGCUCAACAAGAUGUGUCGGACUCGGAAGAAGACCACAGGCACCCUCCAAUUGAUGACAACAGUGGUGAUGACCAGCUAGCGGUUCCUCUGGAGGAUAAACCUGGCGACGACAAUGCAGCAUGUAUUUUCUGUGAUGGACUCUUUUCAGAUGACGUUAGAGGGGAAGUGUGGAUUCAGUGCUACAAUUGUGAAGAUUGGGCACAUUCUGAUUGUGCUGGAAUGGAAAAAGACAUAUACAUCUGUGACUUCUGCAAGUAAAAAAAAUGAAAAAUGUGCUUUUAUUUUUAAUUAAAAUUUUUAGUGGUUUAAAGACAGUAGUUAAUAGAGUUUCUGAACAAAAAUUGUUUUUUUUUUUUAAAUUUUUUAUGUGAUUAUUUCUUCUUUCUUUAGGAGUAGCCCAUAUUUGGACCACCACUGAAAAACUAACCUUUUUACCUCUUUGUAUAAACAUGUGGUUUUGGAUAAAUAAAACUGUUAAUUUGCAUUUUGAA